UGACGAUCGCGGAUGUUUGUCUCACAACCUGAUCUGUGGAGUGAUGUCGCUGUUUCGGUUGACAGAUAAUGAAGAUAAACACAUCGCGAAUAAAACAAAGAGACACACGCGCUGGUGAAGUAGAGCGGCGUUAUUAACAGCUAAUCUGAUGUGGAGUGUGUGUGUGGCAUGGCGUCCUGCUCCUCCCGGGUGUGUUUGGGACUGUACCCGCUGCUCCUGCUGUUCUCCUCCUCCUCCUCCUCAUGUGCUCCGGGGCGCUCCUGGGCGGUGCAACUUCAGCCGGACUCCCUGAGCUCUGCCGGGUCUCCGGAUCUGCUGGCCCAGGCGGUGGCACAGGAUGUGGGUCUGCGGAGCCACGGGCAGAUCGGGCAGCUGGAGGGGCACUACCUGCUGUGCCAGGACCCAGCGCAGGGCGAGGACUGGCGCUGGAUGGAGGCUGCUCUGGACAGGCACCCUCACGUGGCCUGGCACUCGCAGGAAAAUGUGCUGCGGCGCUCCAAGAGGAGUGUGCACUUCAAUGACCCUAAAUUUCCCAGUCAGUGGCACCUGCACAAUGACAUGAAGCGAGGGAUGGACAUCAAUGUGACGGGCGUGUGGGAGAGGAACAUCACCGGCGCGGGCGUCACUGUGGUGGUGGUGGACGACGGCAUUCAGCACAACCUGGCAGACAUCCAGCCUAACUAUAGUCCUGAAGGCAGCUAUGACCUGAACUCUAAUGACCCAGACCCCAUGCCUCACCCAGACGGUCCCAGUGAUAAUCAUCACGGCACGCGCUGCGCUGGAGAGAUCGCCGCCGUCUCCAACAACAGCUUCUGUGCGGUGGGCGUGGCAUACGGCAGCAGGGUGGCCGGCAUCAGAGUGUUGGACGGGCCGCUCACAGACAGUAUGGAGGCCAUCGCUUUCAACAAGCAUUACCAGGUCAAUGACAUCUACAGCUGCAGUUGGGGUCCAGAUGAUGACGGCCGGACGGUUGACGGACCGCAUCCAUUAGGCAAGGCGGCGCUGCAGCACGGUGUGAUCGCGGGCCGCAAGGGUUUCGGCAGCAUCUUCAUUGUGGCCAGUGGCAAUGGAGGACAGAAUCAGGACAACUGCAACUACGACGGCUACGCUAACUCCAUCUACACCGUCACCAUCGGAGCAGUGGACGAGAGCGGCAGGAAACCAACCUAUGCGGAGGAGUGUGCGUCCAUGCUGGCCGUCACCUUCAGCAGCGGGAACACACCGCUGCGCAGCAUAGUGACGUCAGACUGGUCUCUGCAGAGCGGCACCGGCUGUACUAGUGGGCACACGGGCACCUCCGCCGCUGCUCCUCUGGCUGCAGGGAUGGUGGCGCUGAUGCUGCAGGUGCGGCCCUGUCUGAGCUGGCGAGAUGUGCAGCACAUCAUCACCUACACCGCCACACAGCAUGACCUUCAGGCGGACUGGGUCACUAAUGGAGCUGGUUUCCAUCACAGCCACAAGUACGGCUUCGGCCUCCUGAACGCCUGGAGACUCGUCAAUGCUGCAAAGGUUUGGGAGUCUGUCCCCUUCCUGGUGUCCUACCAGAGUCCAGUUCUGAGGGUCAAUGAGGUCAUCACGACCUCCACAAACCUCACACAAACCUGGAACGUGUCUGAGUCUGACCUGCAGCGCUCCGGUAUGCAGACUCUGGAGCAUGUGUCCGUGACUCUCAGCAUUCAGCAUCCCAGAAGAGGAAACCUGCAGAUCCUGCUGCUCUGCCCCAGCGGCAUCAGCUCCCUGAUUGGAGCACGCAGGGCACUGGACGUAGAUUCUGCAGGCCUGACGGACUGGACGUUCUCCACCGUGCGCUGCUGGGGAGAGCAAGCCGAGGGCCAGUACAGCCUGCUGAUCAUGGACGACGCGCCUCUGUCCUCAGGUAUUCUGAAGAGCUGGAAACUGACGCUGUACGGCUCGUCUCUGUCCCAUCAGCAGGUCACAGACAGACAGAGAGUUGUUGAGGAGGCCAUGAGUGGACAUUACCUGAGCAGCAGCUUCUCUCUGCCGUGUCCACCGGGUAUAGAUGUGCCUGCGGAGAUCGUCAACCCCUUCACCUCCAGCAGCCUCAAGUCUCUGCUGCUGCUGGGUUGUUUCACGCUCUUCUGGUCGCUCUACUACACUCUGGAGGUGGUGCUCACACACUGGGACUGGCGCGGUGGGUGUGUCCGCGGGCGGGACGGCGACGCCGGAUACUCCAGACUGUCCCGGGACGAGGCUCAGACGGACCCUCAGCAGGUGGAGGUCCUGCUGGAGACACACAGCCAGGACAAAGUGCUGCUCAUAGCGGACACACACACGUAACCCUCAGGAACACACUCCGUCUUCUGUCUCCGAGACUUCAGGUUGCACUUCUGUGUGUGUGUGUGCGUGUGCGUGUGUGUGUGAGUGAAUGCUGGAUUACUGGUGGCCUUGCUUUGGUUUAUUUACUGUUAUUUUAAUGACAAUGUCUUCUUACAGGAGUGUGUGUGUGUGUGUGUGUGUGUGUGUGUGUGUGUGUGUGUGUGUGUGCGUGUGUGCGUGCGUGCGUGCGUGCGUGCGUGCGUGCGUGCGUGCGUGCGUGCGUGCGUGCGUGUGUGUGCGCUUGUGUGUGUGUGUGCUUGUGUGUAAGUGAGUGUGUGUGAGUGUGUGUGUGAGUGUGUGUGUGAGUGUGUGUGUGUGUGAUAUCUUCUGAAGUUUAAUUUAAUGGUGUUUGUCCUGAUGAUGGUGAUGGAUUGAGCGCCUGAGUGUGGAUGAUGAUGAUGAUGAUGAUGAUGAUGAUGAUGAUGAUGAUGAUGAUGAUGUGUAUAAACUCCUCUGACUUGAACUGUGAGAUGAGCAGGACUGAGAUUGUCGGGUCUUUUACUGCUUCUGGACUGUUUUUACUGUGGUACUCUUGGGAACAAGAGCAAGAUGUGGUUUGAAUAAAAACUAAAAGGGAA